AUGUCCGAUCUUUUCUAUAUCCUCGGCUAUAACUGGUCGAAUAUUCGCUUUAUUUUGAGUUACGGCUAUGAGAUUGGUGGUGAGUGAAGAAUAUUGAUAUAAAAUUGAUGAUAUUAUCAAAUUCCGUGAUGAAGGUUGAUGCUAUAAGAAAAUUGGGUUAUUUUGAAGUACGAUGCUCCAAAUGACGCAGAAAGUUUUUUGGCUUUUUUCCAAGGUUUUUGAAUUUUUUGCUUCAUGCAUCCCGUUCGGCACUCUGUCACAAUUUUAUCUUCUUCCGAUAUUUCCCUUCGAUGCGCGGAGCCUGUCUCUGCCUAUGCGCCUUUAAUAUGACGGAAUUAUUAAACCAAAUGACAAGCUCAGAACACCGGAGUGAUCCCUUUAGAAGCAAUUUUAGGGCUUUUCCCCUCUAGGGAACACUGUAGAUUGUAAAAGUGGCCUCUAUAGGGGACAUGCUAGUCGAUAGUUUUCAUGACGAAGCCUUUCCAUGCGAAAAACUAAAAACAACAACCCUUUUUUUGGAUAAAAUUGAGAGACCCCUAAGGGGACCACUUAAGCUUUAGGGGGUAAGGGGGGGUCAAAAUCUAAACCCUUACUUUUUCGGCCUCAACCCCUAUAAGGACCACUUUUUCGGCCUUAACCUCUGUAGGGACCACCAAAACCCCGUGAAGAAUGGCUCGAAAAUGGCCUCCUCUAGAGACCCCUACAGGGACCACUUUUUCAAGCUUUAGGGGUCCCUAUAGGGGUUAUUAAAGUGGUUCCUAUAGGCACCACUCAAGCUUCAGUGCACACCCUAAACCCCUAUAGGGACCACUCUAAAAUUCUUAAGUUUGGACCAAAACCCCGUGAAGAAUGGCUCGAAAAUGACCCCUUUCGAGACCCCUACAGAGACCACCUUUUCAAGCUUUAGGGGUCCCUAUAGGGGUUGGUUAAGUGGUUCCUAUAGGCACCACAAGCUUUAGAGGCCAGGUCCUAAACACCUAUAGCGACCACCUUGAUUAUACCCCUAUAGGGACCACUCUGAAAUCCCCAAAUAUGGACAUAAACCCCCUGAAGAAUGCCUCGAAAAUGACCCCUCUUGGGACCCCUACAGGGACCACUUUUUCAAGCGUUAGGGGUCCCUAGAGCGGUCACUCAAGCUUCAGUGCACACCCUAAACACCUUGAUUAUACCCCUAUAGGGACCACUCUAAAAUUUUUAAGUUUGGACCAAAACCCCGUGAAGAAUGCCUCUAGAGACCCCUACAGGGACCACUUUUUCCAGCGUAGGGGUAAUUAAAGUGGUUCCUAUAGGCGCCACAAGCUUUAGUGGCCAGGUCCUAAACAAAUAUAUUGAUUAUACCCCUAUAUGGACCACUUUAUCGGUCCCUAUAGGGGUUUUUUUGAGAGUUUUGAGGCACUGGAAAAAUAUUUAUUUAAUAUAAUUUAGUCACAACUCGAGGCGAUUGUUCUGGAAGAGUGAUUGCGUGGGUCAAUAUCAUUGCGGCCCAGUUAGUUGGUGAGUUUUUACCAUUUUUUGAAUAUUAUAAAAAUUCAAAAAGACCGAUUCUAUUUUUCGAAGCAUACUUGGUCUACUUGAACUCGAGAGGUCUUUGAUUUUCUCGAAAUCGCGUGAGAUUUAUUAUCGAAGCAAUUUUUUCAAGGUAAAUCUACUUAUGAGUUAGAAUCUCAUGUUGAAAAAGGAAACGUUUCGAAACUUGGAUUUGAAAAAAGUUGAGCUUAAAAUGGGUCUCAAAGGGAUGAUUACUGUAAGCGAAAGGUACAGUAACCCAGAGACCGUUUUUUUACAACUUUCGUAACAAUUUUAUAGUUUGAAAUUGAGAAAACAGUAGUUCUUCAGUGUUUAAAAAGCUGAAAAGGGGGAUAUUAAAAGGUACGGUAGAGUACAGUAUCCUCUUUACAGUAAUCCAUUUUAUCAAACUUAACUUUUAACGAUCGUCUGAAUGAACAAAUUUUGAAAGCGACAACUAAAGUUUUACCUAGAAUCCCUCGCUUUAAAUACUGUAAGCCACUUACCGUACCCCAUGAUUACUGUAGAAAUCAAUUUUCCAGGUGAAAUGACCCUCAUAACGGCCGUAGAUCGAGUCAUUGCCACUUGCCGACCAUUUUGGCACUACGCCAGAACUCCCCGCUAUUCAGUCCUACUGUGCUUAGGUACUGUAGCUUACUGUAAUUUUCUCAAUAUUAUGAAAUCUACAGUACCCCUGGUACUGUGCACCUGUACGGCGAUCGUCAACUACAUCCUGGUCCAAACCAGCGACGCCAAAGACCAGGAAGUCACCGUCAUGUGCUUCUCCUUCAGUGAGUUUUCGGGUCUUGAGAAGAAAUCUCAGGGCUAUGCGCCUUUAAAUAAGGUCCCACGUAUCUGAUAUCAUGCCAGAGGAGGGUAAUUGGCGCGGGAAUCGAGUUGGGAUGAUUAAAUUUUGCGAUUUGAGUGCUUGGAUUGUACUCAAAACGGAUCUUUGGGCUCACAGGGGAAGUUUGGAAAGAUUUCAGAGUCUUAGUAAAUUUUUUAUUUGCUAGAAAGUACUUGUAAAAUAUUCUAGAACAUCUGUUUCAUCAGAUAAACUUCAAAUUAACCUUAAUAAAUGAAAAAAAAAUUUUCAAGGUAGGUUUUUUGGGCCACUUUCAGCGUUAGAAGCAAAACUUAGGGGAUUUAAAGUGGUCCCUUUAGGGGUUAGGAGGAAAAAACAUCCCUUAUAGGAGCCGAAAAAAAGCGGUCCCUAUAGGGUUGUAAACAAGGUGGUCCCUAGAGGGGAUGAGGUUCUGGCCCCUUUGCCCCUAAGUGGCCCCUAUAGGGGUUGGUAAAGUGCUCCAAGGGCCCCUCAGGCCCCUGUAGGGACCACUCUGCAGUCCCUAAAGCCCUAAUAUUUUUCCUUCUUGAAUUUUUUUUUUAGAAUUUUGAACAUUUUGAGUUAUUUUAUCAAUAGAGCGCAAUUGAAAUCGAAUAAGAGCCUUUAUUUUCGAAAAAUGAACCUCUAGGCAUUUUUUUCAGCAUAUCCUCUAUAGGAAAAAGCUUCAAUUUAACCUGAAAAAAAUAUUUUCAAAAAUUACAUCGAAUCAGUUUUCUGAGCCUUUAGAAGCGUCAAAAAUUUGGAUUUUUUUUCAAGUUUUUCCCAACAGUCGCCUUUUUUUGGAUAACUCAAGUUUUUUUCAGGUAAAUAUGGCCUUUACCUUUGAAAAAUCGGUGAAAAAUAUAUAAAAAUAUAUUGAUUUUUCAGUGGCCACCUACCCGGGAAUCCGAACGGUUUUCAAUUUCCACAAAUGGGCCUGUAUCGCCAUCGCCGCCUUGUUAUACGCUACAAUCGCUUUAUAUCUUCACUUGGUAAAUUUCAUUUCUGAUAUCGUGAUUUUUUUUUUUUUAUGUUCAUUUUUGGGGUCCAAAAACUCAUUGACUUCCUAAAAUCCUAGUUUUAACUAUUUCUCUUCACCUUUCAUGGGGAGGUGGAUUCGCACGAAUUUUUUUACUAUUUUAAGGGCUUCAGAAUUUUUUUAAACUUAUUAUUUAUAUUAAUUUACCCUUACUCAGUGUCAAUUGAAGACGAGAACACAGAGGAAUCUGGUCAGCGACGCGGAAAAAAACGGCGUUUCAACAAGGCCAAUAAAAAUUAUGGGUUCGUUUCGAUUUUUUUGAAGAAUCCUACCAUUAAAAAGUGAUUUUUUUAUGUUAGGAACCGAUAGAAAAAAACUGGUAAAAGUGGUUUUUUUGGAAUUUAUUAAAGUAUUCAUAGAAAUCGACUUUUUUUCAUAAUGAAGCAGGAACUUCUGCAAAACUUUUUAUUUGCAGUCAAAAAGCCGUAAAUUUGUUUUUUUGAUAGCCGAUUUGCAAUUACUUCCUGUUUGGAUAAAGUAGCCCGAAAAUUGUGUUUUUAAUUAACCUGGGUAACUUUUUUUUGUCAAGGUAGUUCUAUUAAAAAUUGACGAAUCUUUACUGAAAAAGGUGCCGAAAUCACUGGUAUACUUCUUGAAGUGAAAAAACAGCCACGAAAACGGAUUUUUGUACCUUUAUCAAUGGAGCGCAGAAGUCUUGAAUAUCGAGACUAUUUUUUCACAGCUAAGUUAAGACCGUCUGGGUCAUUUUUAACCUGAAAAGGUCAAAUUUUUCGAAGCAAAUCAUUUUUUUCAACAAUAAUCUUCUUAUUUUUAUCGAUGGAGCGCAGAAGCCUUGAAUACCGAGGCCAUUUUUUUCACAGCUAAUUUAAGACUGUCCGGGUCAUUUUUUGAGCUUCAUAAGUUGAUUUUUGCGUAGAAAAACUAUCAAAUGAUCAAUAAGAUUUUAUUUAUCAUUGGAGCACAGAUGUCUUGAAUAUCGAGGCUAUUUUUUCACAGCUGUUUUGAGAGUGUCUGGGUCAUUUUCAUAAGUUGAUUUUUUUUUCAUGUUGAAUUUUUUUGAGCCCCAUUAUACUUUUGAUUUCAAAAAAAAAAAAUAAUCAGCUUAUUUAUAGCCUUUUUAUCAAUGGAGCGCAAAAGCCACGAAUAUCGAGGCUAUUUUUUCACAACUAGUUUUGGCCUGUCUGUCUCAUUUUUAAGCGUCAAAAGUCGAAUUUUUCGAAGAAAAUCAUCCAUAAUCUUAUUUUAUCAAUAGAGCGCAGAAGACUUAAUUAUUGAGGCUAUUUUUGCACAACCAGUUUGGAUCUUCCUCUGUCAUUUUAUAAACGUCAAGAGUUAAUUUUUUUGAAGAAGGUCAGUAGAUUAUCGAUAGAGCGCAUUAGUUCAAGCUUUCGAGGCUAUUUCAUCUUUUAAUUUUUUUUCUUCUGAACUAAAUUUAUAUUGAUUAUUAUUAAAUAAACCUUCAGGUUAGACACUUGUCCACGUAAAACGCUAGUCAAAGAAUAAUUCAUCAUUUCUUUUCCAGGCCUGACAACUCUGAAUUCUUUGCUCUUCCUUCUGGUGCCAGACGUCGUCAGCAACUACACGGGCUAUGGAAAUAUCCCAGUUUUCCUCAUCACCACCUCAAUUAUGCUCAAUAAAGUGACAAAUCCCUUGAUUUUAUUAGGAAAUAAUUAUUACUUUAGAUCACCUUCAAUUUCGUUCUAUUCAUGGCCUACCACAAAGAACUGAGGCGGAUCUACGUCGCCAUAUUCUACCGUAAGAUGACACCUCUUGUUGGCAGCCAUAGUUCGUAACAUGCUAACUUUUUCUUGCUAACUGAAUGAUUCUCUAUUUUUAGCGCUUUUUGUGACUUUCUUUUGUAGUUUUUUCGGUUUUGGAAUGCGAAUGGAUAGUUUUUACCCUUAUCAAAAAAAUUUUCAAAAGACUUUCUCAUGUUUUCCAUUAGUUUUUGACCGCUCCAAGGUUAAUUUUACAGUGAAAAUGACCCAAAAAAGUUCAAGUUCCAAAAAAAGACAGUGGAAAAAAUAAUGCUUCUUAAUUGGUUUUGAAAAGCCUUUCCUUGUAGAUCUCUGGUUUUUGAAUGGAAAUAAUUAUUUUUCCAAGUAAGAAGGCUAGAAUAAUUACCGUAAGAGGUUGCUCCAUCGUUAUUGUCGCAGAUAAAAAAAAAUACCAAAUUCAAAAAAAGUCACCAAAAAAAAUUUAUGCAUUUAUAUAUCAUUUUCAAGUGAUUAAAAAAACAUUUCCUUGAGUUUUUUUCCAAGAAGUUCUUUAUAUUUUGGAAUAAGAAAGCUUUUGAUGAAAUUUGCGAGAAGAAAAAGUUGUGAAAAGUGCGCUCUAUUGCUAACUUUAAACGAUCGAUUUAGGUUUAUUAUUUUUUUAUUUUUUUUCAUUUAAUACUUUCAGUCAGUUUUUUUUAAGAAGUGGAAUGUUUUUAGGUUUAUUUUAUAGAUUUAUAUCAUGCCUGGGUAAAAAUAUUCACAACAAUAUUUGAAAGUUUCAACUUUUAAUCGUAUUUUUUUUUCCAGUUUUCACCGCCUCACGAUCACACACGGACCGGGUCAUCACGCUCUAA